AUGAGCUGGUUACGGUCCAGCCCGUUGCGGCAGAGUUUGAGCAAAACCACCAACGGUGGUGCUGACCGCUCACGUUCCGGUGCCGGAGGUGGUGGACUGUCGGUCAUCCGGCCAUUCGACGCAACCGAGUGCGAUCCUAAAGCAUGCUACGAUAGCUUCUGCAUCCACUGGCAGCAGGCGUACGACAUCAUCCAACGAUCGGAGAACUAUCGCAGCCAAUCGCAUGACGAUGUGCUGGGAGUUGUAACCCACCUGGAUCAUAUGGUGACAUUGCUGCUAGUGGAACUGCAUCACUGCAAUAAGCUAAGUCUGCCGGGACAAACGGCACCACCUGCACCCUGUUUGGAGCAUUUGCUGAGUGAAAAUCUCCUCGACAAAUUGUACGAGUGGGGCAUCAAAACCGGAAGAUAUGCAAAUGCCGUGAGGUUGGAACAGCUGAAGCUGUAUGAACAAUUGGUUAGUCACUCGCGCCAUCAGCUGUUAGUACAUGAACCCUUCCUGAGGCCACUGUUGAAGCUGUUGGCGUCGAGUCAAAACGAGAUAUAUCCUCCGGACGUAGAGAAGCGGCUCGUCAUACUACUAAAUCAGCUGUGCGUGGUGCUGAUGCAGAACGUGCAUCUUCUGGAUUUGUUCUUUUUCUCUACCAGCCAAACGCAAACCCAGCAAUCGAGCAAUGGUGGUCACACGAACUUCAUCAUAUUCUCGCUACUUAUACCGUACGUUCAUCGGGAAGGUUCGCUGGGUCAUCAGGCGCGUGAUGCUCUGCUCCUAUGCAUGGCCCUAUCGCAGAAGAACUCGAACGUUGGAACGUACAUCGCGACGUACUCGUCCAUCUGCCCGGUUCUAGUUACCGGGCUCGGUGGUCUCUACUCACGACUACCCAACCAGAUCGAAAUCAGAACCGUCGACUGGUAUCGCAUUACUACGGACGAUGUGACGGAAAUGCCCGAGUUGACGCUGUUUAUGAACUCGCUCGAGUUUUGUAACGCAGUCGUUCAGGUCGCCCAUACCAUGAUCCGGCAACAGUUGCUGGAUUUCCUCUACCAAGGCUUCCUGGUGCCUGUUCUCGGUCCGGCCAUUCUACAGACAUUUAAAGGGCAAGGUCAAUUCCAGACGAACGUCGAGUCGCAGGUAUCGGCGAUGGCGUAUUUCGAUCUGAUCGUUCGCUCCAUCACUGAACCGGGGUUGAUACAGAUCGUGAUACGCUUUCUGCUGGAUGAGGAAAAGUUCGACGGACAACGCAUACUGGACGUGCUGGUAGAACGGUUAAACAGCAACGAUUCGCGGCUUUGCAUGGUCACGAUCUCGCUGUUUGAUAGUUUGCUAAGCCUAAACUGCGAGGACAUAAUGCUGGAACUCAUGCUGAAGCAUCUGCUGCACUGCAAACACGUGCCAAUAUCGCACCGGUUCAAGAUCAACCGUGUCGAUCCGUACUCGCAAGCCGUGGAAUACUUCCUCAACAUUACGCCCGAUAUUAUGAAGAAGGUGAACAGCGUACUGAGCAUCAAUAACGGUGGUAUCGGAAGCGCCGGUUCCGGUCCGAAUCUGCAGCCGUUGGGUAACUAUCGUACCCUUGCCACCGGAGGCAGCAACGGAAGCAGUAGCGGUAAUAGUGGCAUCGGAGGAGGUACUAGCAACGCCAAUCUGAACGUCAGUAAAACAAUCGGUGCCAACUGGAACCACUACGGGCUGAACACGACGGGCGAGACGCUGUUAGCGAACUACCAAGCGUACCUGCUCGAUGCACGCAAUCGCAUCGUCCAAUGCAAGCAAGCCUGUGAUCAGUGGAACAACGUGUACCGUUACCAAAAACUAAGUAAAGCCAACUUUUCCCUGUCCCAAACGGAAACUGCGACGAACGGCAGCAACGGCGGGAGCGGAGACAGCAGCAGCAACAGUCUCGUGAAUCCCGAGGAUAUGCGCUCGUACAAAGUGCAGAUGAUCAAGGAUUUUCUGCAGGAGUUUUCGAUCGAUUCCGGAAUAGGCGAGUCGGAGAGCCGGCAGCCUUCGUCCGUGGCAGGAGCCGGUUCUGCCGCUCCUAGUGCAAUAAUAUUCGGUGGCCCGUUGGGACCAUCGGCCAGCGGUGGAAAGCAAUUAGAUAGUCUACAGUCGAUUGGUGACAGCAGUGGCUACGAAAGCUUGAACGUAUUUUCUCAAAUGGCCAACGAAGCGACAGCAGCAGCACCGAUGCAGGAAGCAACUAAACAGCAGCGGAUAGAUUCGUGGAAAGUGUCUAGCGUGCGGGAAGAACCAAUCGGUGAUCUUGAUUUAUCGGAGGAUCUGUUUGCUCAGGGGACAGUUAGCUUAGGUCCCUUUCUAACUGCAAUAUGGGGAAAGCUGCAAACGUUCACAAGUAAUUGCUUGUACGUGAACCUGCACCUCACGGGAUUGAUCACUCAUUUGACGCUGUUUCCUCUGCCACUGUUACAUUCGAUCCUUCUGCGGCCAGAUAUACCGACGACAUCCGAUACGCCAUCCUUCCACCAGGUGCUGAAAAUAUUGAAGCAACAAAUCGAUGCCGAACUUCCGGAUACGGACGAAUCGCUUGAAAUUGUGGACGUGGCACGAUCGUUUCUUGUAGAUCGCGAGUUUCGGCUUGUCAACAUGCGGAAGAAUGCCAUCGAAUCGGCUGCUAGUGGCAAGCUGCUGAACGGGGGAGGAUCGUCUAUGACUUCCAGCCUUUCGCAGACGACACCGAUGCAGCUGACGCCGAGUUCGUCGUACGAUCCGUUCAAGCGGCAAGACGGAAAGCGCAAGAGCAUCAGCAAUUCGUUCUCCAACAUCUUCCGCCGACCCGGUUCCGUUGCUUCAUCGGGUAUAGCACAGAUAGUUGAAUUUUUUACCGGAUCAAGCAAUAAUAACAACGGAUUGAACAACUCGCCAAACACCAGACAAUCGCAGUCCUUUGCGGGUUCAUCGAUGAAUGUGCCUACUGGCCACCACAACACAUCCCUAGGAGGAUCAUCCGGUUCUGGUGGGCAUCAUCAAGGAGCCUUAAGUGGCCUGCUUGUCGGAAGCACCCGUCGAUCGGAAUCUCGCGAAGCGGAAACGCAGUUUAUGUCGGUCGAGACACAACCCGUCAGCACCGGAUCAGUUGGGGGCCUCUCUUCAUCGGGUCAGGGACAGGGUUCGAAUGGGAAUGAUUUACAACUGCAGCUGCACGCCAACAGCCUCGAACACGGUCUUGCAAGCUACAGUGCUGGCAACGAACGGCAGCUUAACCUUGCCAUCGGAGCCGUCCUUUUGGACGAAUGGCUACGCGAGCUGUCCGCCGUCACGCAGGAACAAUGCAUUACGAUGCUCUCGGAACAGGUGCAACGGCAUCAACCGCAACAACAGACGAGAUCUAGCUAGGACGAGCACGUUUAAGAAAGAACCGAACAACCGAUUAUACCGAACAAGUUACUUUAAAGCGUUAAGUAACUUUUCCGAUAACGAAAAGCUUGUGAUUUAAUUAAGUAACAAUGGUGCGCGUUAGCGUUGCGCACUACUCUCGCUGUGAAUAUGUUUUAUAUUCUCAUUCAAAUGCAGUUGGUUUCGUUUGUAAAACAAUCGAGAAAAAAAUCGACGAAACGAACCGAAGCUCCUGGCGGAGUUUUAUCUAACCAUCCUGUUUUAUCUCAUCCCUCGGUCUGGCCUUAUGAACGCAAACGGAGGGAUAUUCAAAUCAAUGGUUGUGGAUCUCCUUGACGUCAAACUGAAACCAUUUAGCAAACCGAAUUCGUGUAUCGCUUUCGAUAAAAACACAGCAAAAAACCAAUGCAAGAGUUAUCUAGAAUUAGCAGGACCCAACCCAAGGCCAAAACGACAAAUGCAGCGUGUAAUUAUACUAAUAAUAUUCUAGUUCGUAAUGCAAACCGGCAAGAAAUGCGCGUGUUGCUUGCUGCAUUGAUAAGAAUGUAUUUUUUAGAAUGAUAUUGAACAACCUAGCCAAUAACAACCCCCUGUCGUAACCGUCGCUUUACCCCGGUAUUCAAUUCGUAAUACAAGAACGUGCAAACACCUCGUUCGCCCCCUGUGUACAGAACGUUAUACAACUAUUUAUCGUCGGGGCUGCUUUUUUCUGUGUUUUACUAAUCAGAGAAGCUGUUUGUGAAAGAUUUAAUAGGAGCACUUUGCUCCACUACGGGCCGUGAGAAGAGCGCCCCAUUCAGACAAACGAAAGCCAUUGGGACAUUUUGUU